UAAUGUAUAUUAUGAUAAAAGAAAUAAGGGAAGAAUCGACGAGACGAGUGUUCUCUUAUAUUGAGCUAGCUAGCUUGCGUUGGUGAUCAAGAUCAGAUAUAGUAAAUCUAUAUAUCAUGAGCGCUGAUCAUUCAUCUGCUUCAUACAUCCACUUGGUACAACAUCUGAUAGAAAAGUGCUUGAUUUUCCAAAUGACUAAAGAAGAAUGCAUGGAAGCACUAUCAAAGCAUGCAAACAUCAAACCCAUAAUCACCUCUACUGUGUGGAAAGAGUUAGAGAAAGAGAACAAAGAGUUUUUUGAAUCAUACAAAGAAUCACAAAACAAAGAUCGUAUGACAGAGGAAGAAACUAGUGCUAUGGUACAGAAAAUGAUAUUAUCAUCAUCAGACGAACCAGGUUCAUCCAAGGAAUCAGACAAAUAAUAAUGACAUAUAUAUAUAUAUAUAAAACCUUAAUUUGAGUUCUUGGUUGGCAUCUACCUCUUGUUGCUAUUACAACCUUAAUAUUCCAUCUUCAGAAGAUGCCAAACACAGAGGUAGUAGUAAUAAUUAUAGUAUGCAUUAUGUAAUUUUGAAAAAUAUAUAUAUAUAUAUAUAUAUAUAUAUAUAUAUUAUACUAUGGGUAUGACUUAAAUUCAUGGUUAUCGCAAAA